GCAUACGUCAGCGGUCGAAGUUGAAUCUUGACGCAGGCGGGCUCGUGGUGGUCGUGAGAUUCGCGGGAAACGUCUAAAAACAAACGUGCGGCGCCGGCUCGGCUUCCCUUUGAUCCGCACGCGGCCGCCGACGGUUGAAGAGCGGCGGGUUCCGCGCGCGCUGGUAGGAAACGGCCUCGCGGGGAGGAAGCAAUGGCGGAGCGGCCAGAGGACCUGAACCUGCCCAACGCGGUGAUCACCCGCAUCAUCAAGGAGGCGCUCCCAGACGGGGUGAACGUGUCCAAAGAGGCCCGGCGGGCCAUCUCCCAGGCGGCCAGCGUCUUUGUGCUGUACGCCACCUCCUGUGCCAACAACUUUGCCAUGAAGGCCAAAAGGAAAACUCUGAACGCAGGAGACGUUCUAGCAGCGAUGGAGGAGAUGGAGUUUGAGCGCUUCCUGGAGCCCCUGAGAGAAGCCCUGGAAGUUUACAAGAAGGACCAGAAGGGAAGGAAGGAGGUGAGCGAGCAGAAGCGCAAAGACAAGGAGAAGAAGACCGACUCUGAGAACGACAAGAGCAGAGAGGAAGAGGAGGAAGAGGAGGAGCAGCAGCGCAUGGAGGAGGAGCCUGAGGAGGAACCUGAAGAGGAGGAGGAGGAGGUGGUGGAGAACUGAGAAGGUCCAGCGGGCUCCUUCUGACCCGACAAAGCUUCGUGGUCCAGAUCCGUUCCAUCCUCUACAAACACCAAACCUUCAGCUGAACGUGUUCAGGAUCUGGAGACGUUUCUUCGUCUCUUUAUGCUCAGAUUUCACUAAAUGGCAGAAAUUAAACUUUUGUUCUGUUUGCGUUUCUGUCAGAAUGAAACGGUCAUUAUCUCCAGAGCGGAGAGGUUCUGGUGUUCUUCAUGCAGGUCAGAAUAGCCGCGGUUCCCAGACCGGACGUUCUUCGUCGGUUUGGACUUUUGUAGAUUUGUUUACGACUGAAAUCUUUCAAUAAAGUUUUUGUAUGAAAGUGAA